GGCCUUAUGCGGAGAAUGGAUAUGUGCGAUGCAGCGAAACGGUGACAACUUUAAAUCAGAUUUUAGAAAAGGAAGUUGAGAAUGUUUAUGCCAAAACGGCGAAGCAAGAUGCAGAAGAUACAACAACAUAUUUUAAUAAUAACGUGCAGAUAGAGCUAAAGAAUGAUUACCUUGCUUCAAUUCCUGACAUGAAGCCUGCAGCAAAACUCGUCGGCCAAAUAUCAAACCCAAAACUAGAACCUCAAAGAAAAGAAAUGGAAACAGUAGUUGCAUGGUUCCACGGCCGUGAUUUGGACUAUACUACCGGUUACAUGAGAUACGGUGUCAGAUACCAGAACGGUCGCCUUAUUGUACCUCUCACGGGCACUUACAAUAUUUACUCCUUUCUGAGUUUGACAGAAAACAAUGACUCACCAGAAUACCAUUCAGUGAAAAGCACAAAUGAAACGCUGGUGAAACACGCCAUGUACAAAUAUAAUGUUAAGAUUGGAGAAGACGUGGAACUAGCGUCCUCUCUUCAAACGCACCGACAGUCGACCGGUCGAAAUUUCAAUGCUUUCAGCUCGCAGAUUUCAACUUUGGUACAGUUAGAGGCUGGCGACGAAAUUUCGGUAAAAAUCAGCGACAUAACUCUUACGUCUUAUCCGGGCGAUAAUUUCUUUGGUUUGCACAUGAUUUGACUAGUUGUCCACCCGGUGGGGAUGCGUGCUCGCCGCGGGGAUGCUAAUAACCAAAGGCCCCACACAAGAAAAAAAAAUAGCAGCCUCGAAUGAAAUUCAAAACAACGCUGGUUUUCGUUCUAAGUAGCGCUAACGCUAAUAUUACACUACCAACGAAACACGAUAUAUAAGAAUUAACAUUUGAAAACAACUUGAUCUUUUCAUGCUUCAAGUUAAAAACAUACAAUAAAGGCCUAAGCAUACGAACACGAAAUGUUUGGACAGGAUUGCCAUAUGCCGAAUCACACUCUCAAUAAUAUUCAUUCUGGAUACCUGCGUGUUUGAUUUGUCUGUAUGUGUCUCAUUGCAUUUUACGACCUCAUGUUUAAUCAACGUUUAAAAUAAUUUGGCUUAUUGUACCAUUACUAUACAAUUUAGACGUAUGUCUUGUUAUGUACAGGUGUACCUUUUUGUAUACUUAAACAAGAGGACUGGGUAUACCAUAUAUAUCCAGUAUAAAUAUAAAAUUGGUUAAAUGCCAACAUUAACUCUGACUACUUUGAUUCGGAUUCUUAGUGUACACCGAAGAAGCAAACAGUUCUGUUGUAUUGUUAAGGCCAUUUGAAUAUAAAUCAAUAACUAAAGUGGCAUUUUUAAAAAAUAAUUAUCGGUUGUACCCUAUAUUAAACUGAGACUCAGUCAAUAAAAUGUCACUGUUCGCCGCAACUGCAUUUCACAAACAAGUGUCGUAGUGAAGGAAUGAGCUUAAUUUGUAAGAACACAAAGUGAUCUUCGAGAUCGUUUGGCGACUGAAUAAUUGUGGUAUUGAGCUUAAAAAUAUGAACUUAAAGGCCCUAUAAAGGUGACAAAUCCAAUUAUUAUGCAUAUAAAUUAGUCUAAUUUUACCGGAUUUCAGUUACUCUUGCAUAAGGAAUGCUAAUAAUACAGCUUAAGUGCAACGUUGUCAAGAAUUAUGGAAGAUAUACCCGUUUUAUAAUUGGAAGAAAUGUUUACAACUUUGCAACUAACGUGACGUGUAGCCCCAAAGCGGUGAGGUAUGCUAAAAAUAGCCGAAAGAACAUUCAAUUUAAUUGUAUUUUAAACAUUUUUUACCAGCAGAAAGAAACUUAUUAGAUCACUACAAACGUUUAAACCAUUUAGAAGAGAGUGAGUGAUACCGUAAAACGUUGAAAAUCAACGAUAUAUUUUUGGUGACCUGAGUCACUUUUACUUUCACUUUUUCGAGUAAACAGCGAUGUAAAUAAACUGAUUGUUUGUAAACACGAUUGACUUGGAGGACACUGUAUUUUGAGCUCAAAACAAGUUGUAUUGCUCAUAUUUUUAUGGUAAUGUCCAAUAGCACAUAUAUAUUGUUUUUUGAUAACCUUUAUAAAUAUAAUAUGGGACAAAUAUUUAAAAAUCUGUAAAUAGUUACGGAUCGUCACCUUUUAGAGCCUUUAAUUCAUGCUUUAUUUUGCUGUCUGGUUGAUAAAAUGGUCAAAUUGAUUUUAAAUCCAUCGGUUUGUUGCCAGUGUUGUCAUUGACAACUAUGACAUUGAAUCCUGCCAUUCAUUCCUUAUUCAUAAGUGUGAUCUUUUGUAGUCAGGCGCAAGGAUAACAAUAUAGAACAAAUGCACAUCGGGCAGUUGGGCCUCCAUUAUAUAAUAAUUGCCGAUCCUUUUAGACAAUAAAUGUUCAUACCUUAGUAAUAUUUGCAGUUUGCAGCAGAAAGGGCAGCAGAUAAUCCCAGAAAAAGGGAUAGGCUUGAUAGUUCUGCUAAUUUGUGUGAAAAGGCUCUUACUUUGAGAUAUAUGUCCAGGGCAAUAUAAUUACCAUAAAUAAUUUGAAGAUAAAGUGUAGCAUCGUAAUAAACUCAUUAGAUUGAAUUGCUGACAAUUCACAAGGCAGGUUGGCAAACAUUUCAUGAGUAUGAAAUGAUCGAUUAUGCUUCUCAUUUUCUGAUGAUGACAGAAAAACAUUGUAUUGAGUUUUGACGGACUUAUAUCAAUGCAUAAUGGUUUAUGUGAGUAAAAAUAUGUUCUGUUUUGUUCUUAUAAAAAGUAGAAUACAACGAAAUAAAAGAGGAAAUUGAAUUUGA